UGACAUGUUUGAGUAGAAAGAAAAAGAUGCAGCAUGUAGUGAUCAGGAGCAGCACUGUGCUUUAUACACAGGUGUUCCCAGACACUGACAACCUGACCACACCCACCACACCUCGGAUACCUAGUGGACCGGAGCCAGCUACGAGCUCCCUUGUUCACAAAGCAUCACCACAGCAGGUGACUCUGCAUGCCUGCGUGGCAGAUUUUUAAGCUGGGUACGCCAGGGACAGCAUGAUGGUGUGGUGGUUGCCGCACAGCAAGAAGGUUGUGUGUUCGAUUCCACCAUCUGGCCUGGGUGGAGUUUGCAUGUUCUCCCCGUGUCUGUGUGGGUUUCCUCCCACAGUCCAAAGACAUGCAGUUAGUGCAGUUAGUGGUGUUGGGUUAACUGGUCACGCUAAAGUACCCACAGGUGUGAAUGUGACUGGUUGUCUGCCUCUCUGUGUUGGCCCUGUGACAGACUGGGGACCUGUACAGGUGUACCCUGCCUCUCAUCCUAUGGCAGAUGGGAUGGGAUCCAGCCCCUUCCCCCACAACCAGGAUCCAUGAUUGGAUAAUUAGUAGAAAAUGGAUAGACGGAGUGAUGGAAAACCUUCCUGACGAAACCCAGUCAUCAGCUGCAAGUGUAAUUCUUGAUACGUAGACUUAAGGGUGUGUGGUAAUGAUGUUGAGGCACUUUUCAUUGGCCGUGCAGGUCAGGCAUAGGCACUGUAUACAUCUUUACAAAGACAGGUGAUAAAUGUGGUAAUACUGGACCAAAUGGGCCUGGGGUCAAAGUCCACACAAAGCAGCGGUAGCAAAGAAACCAUCAGGAAACCACAGUUUGUGUCACUUAGUUUUUAUUUGUUGUUUGGCCUGAGUUAGGCACUAAAACCACUUGACUGAGAUUAGGAAAAGGUCAUGGUUUAGGCUAACAUACAUCUAAAAGCACCCAGCGCAUUAAAAUGCGUCAACUUGGCUCUUUUAAGUGACAUAUUGGAAGUGAAACUGACCUCCACAGCCUGUGGCACUGAAACACAGCUGGAAACAGAAAAGGCAGGAUGUAAAUAAAGCACACUAAGUUGGCUUCAGAUUGAUUUUUAAGUUACAUAACAGCCCAAACAUCAAAAGCAUGAAUAGCUGGCAAAUGAAGAGGCUGAAUUUGUUUUUCCAUGUGUGCUGCAGAGUGUGUUCAUGUGUGGGAGAAGGCUUGAUGUAAGUGUGUCGCUGUGUAUCACCUGGCACUGCAGCUCACCACCACUUCCUGUUCCACAUCGAGGCGGCAGAGGAGGAAGAUACAAGUUCGCUUCAGUCGUGUCACUUCAUCACUGAAAGCAGCCUGAAGAAACGACGACUUCUGGGGAAACUGGUACAGGAUGGAGCUCCAGAUGUGGAUAUCUGGCCUGCUGGUCCUCGGCUUGAUGGUCCCCCCGGCUGAGGCCCUGAACAUGUAUGCCCCUCAGCUGUGUUACAUUCUGGAUGGCUUCCUCGGCAUUUAUGGCCUCAUCAUCACCGGCAUGUUCAUCAAAGAGAAGUUCUUCAAAUCCAAAAAAAAGAUGGAGGAGGAGGGCCUCUACAGUGAUCUGAAAGGUCAGGACGCGGGUACAUAUGAACCGCUGAGAGACCCCGAGAGAGGAGGAAGAAACCGCAGGACGGCUGAUGAUUCCACGUACACGGGCCUGACCAGACGCACAGACGGAGACUAUAAGGAGCUUCCUCUUAAGAAAGAGGUUUCGUCAGAAAAGAGUGAACAGGUUUACCAGGGUCUGAGUUCGGCCACCAGAGACACCUACGACUCCCUCCAGAUGCAGAAUCUUCCUCCUCGCUAAUGAGCGACUAACGAGCGCUGUCCAGACAUCUGCUCCACAAAUUAGUCAUGAGAAUUUACACAGGGACUGUAACAGGUUGAGCGUCUUUGUUCUACUUCAAAGAUUUGAAGGAUUGACAGGUCUAUAACGAGCCGCGAGCCUUUUUCUCGGUAACAAAACAUCUGGAAGGUCUGUUUGCCGUCAGACUACAAACCUGUUUGUAAUUUUUUUUAAUUGCUUAAUCUCAAAUAUUUUACAAAUGUGUUCACACAUUCACUAGCAGUCAACUGAGAUGUAACUUUUUAUUAUUUUGUACAUUAUUUUUUGCAUUUUUGCAGCUUUAAUUUUUAAGAAUACUCAGUCUGUAAACAGUUAACAUCUGGUGUUUGGUAGACUCGGCUUAAAAAUGACCAAGUUAAAAAAAAGUGACAUUACUUAAAGUGUGGCAUUUAGAGGAAGUUAAAACAGAUACAAAAUAUUAAAUACAUCGCUGUACAUUUUUACAGCUAUUCGUGUUAUGUAGUAUGGUACUGGGAAAUAUUGUAAUAUCUGCUUACAACUACAUUGUAGUGCGUUAUGACACAUUUAUUAAGUCACUAUACACAGUAAUUACUAGUAUUAUUUUACAAAAGUGUUCCCGUUAUCCAUUGUAUUUAUUUUAAUAUAAAAAAAUAAGAGUGGCUAAUUCUGAAAUUUGUGCCUCGGUUUGAAUAAUAAUUCAGAAGAGAUUCCUCUGGAAUUCAGUGCUUGGAAAGUCAUCAGUGCUGCAACGACUAAUAGUUUAAUUGAUUAGCUGAUGUUAAAUUAUUUUAUAUUUUUAACACAUUUUUAGAUUUUGGAUUAAAUCGUGGGUGCUGUAGGAUGUAAUAUUGUAGACCAGAAAUUAAUUGAAUUAAUUGUGGUCAACUCUUAAAAUAACUCAGUAACAUUUUGGCCUCGAUAAAGUUUCAUAUUCAGACCAAGAAAAGGCUUCCUUGGCUAUUUCUGAACCCAUAUUGAACAUGUUAAUCCUGCUUCUCACUUUAAAACUGUAAACAAACUGUAGUUUGCGCCUUGUUUGCUGUUGUUUAAUCUGAGAUGAUAAUGUAUGUAUAUUUGUUGUGGAUUAUAAACAUAGAUUAAAGGUUUUAAAGGCUGAACCACCUUUAAAAUUGACUUUAUGAGAUAGGAUAAUAUAGAACUUACUGGAGGUUUGCCUCUUUUAAAAUCCUUUCAUAUUUGAUGGUGAUCUUUAAAAAAAUCAUUUUAAAUGCCAUCAAUUAACAUCAAGUCUGUCUUAAUUCGUUUACACCUUUAAAAUUUAAAACCUACAUUGAUGUGAGACUCUAGAAAACGAUUAAAUGCAUGAGACUGAUGAUUAAAAUGCUCCUGAACAGAGUCUGGUGCAGAGGGCAUGUGGGGGGUUAUGUUCCAGCGUUGUGUAAAUAUUAGGCUGUAAAAUAGAAAGAAUAGAGACCACAGAGGCUCAGUCUGCACUUAAAUAAACACAUAAAGGCUGCAGUUUUAUUUCUGCUUUUUAUAUUUGUCAUCUAAAAAAAUCAUGCAGUUUUAGGAACAUCUGGAGAAUCACAGCUGCAGAGGAAGGAGGCCCAAAUGCUCCAGGAUUACAGCCCAGUCAAUAUUAUUACAUGAGUAAUGCCAUGAUAUGAAAGUUUUGGGGGAAAUGAACAAUAUUUUGAGGCCACAUGUAUUUAAUUUGAAAUGUGUAUUCAUUUGUUUGUUUCCACAAUAAAAGGCUAAAAAUAACUUUUGAAAAAUAAACAAUAAAGUCAAAACCAGCAUUUGAGUCAAAUAAAUAAAAUAAAAAUGGUAAAAGUUGUUUAAAAAGUACUUUUUCUAAUUUCUGUAAUAAUGAACCUUUGGGCCUCCACACUUUGCAGCUCAAAGAUUUGAUUGCAGCUUUAAGUUUCUGCAGUUUCUGCUUUGCUGUGUAUGGAGCCAGUUUCAGUUUUCUGUGUUCUUGUAGAUGGUUAGUAUGGAAGUCUGUUUAUUUCUAACAUUAUGCCUUUCUGAUGUUUCCUGAGAAAAUGUGCUGUGAUCAAAGCAGUUCUUUUGUU